AUGAAACAAAAUUUAAAAAUAUUUAUACUCUUUUUGUUAUCUACAGUAGUUUUCGUUGCUUAUACUCUCGUAGGAAAUAACAGAUAGAGAAAUCUAUAAUCUACUGUGAAAACCGCCACAUUUAAUCCAAAUUAUGGAAGUACGAGCAGCAAAGUCAGUGAUGUAGCCAGUUCUACCUCGGGAAAUUCUGGAAAGCUUUCUACUGGAGCUUAAGCUGCUAUCUAUGCUUGUUCAGCUAUUGGUUUAUUUUUAAUAUUAGUACUGAUUAAUUAUGCAUGGAGAAGAUAUCGUGCUUAUAGAUGUAAAUAAGCAAGAGAAAAGUGUUAAUAGGAAAUAUAAAAUUUAAAAAAUGCUCAAUAACAAAAUCAUUAAAUGAGUUAAAAUUUAGGAAACUCGACUGUGUAUAAUCCGGGACAAUAAAUUCCUAAUAUGUAAAGAUAUCCUUAAAAUUAUCAAUUCUAGGUAUACCCAAAUUAAAAUAAUUAAAAUUUUUAUUGA